AAGUCUUGGAAGAAAUCUUAUGAUAUUCACGGAUGGGUGACCCUUUGAUGCUGAUCUCUAGCAGUCAAGUUGGACUCCUCUCUCCAUGCUUACCAUUCCCAGGCAAUCUCUCUCUCUCUUUCUCUCUCUCUCUCUCUCUCUGUGAAGAAGGAGAGAGCUUGGUGGAAGAAGCCAUGGCAGUGGGAAUAGCAAUUGAAAGCCAAGGUGGGAAACAGUACAAUGGCAGGAUGACAUCAUUUGUAGUGUUAUCUUGCAUGAUGGCUGCCAUGGGAGGAGUCAUCUUUGGCUAUGAUAUUGGAAUUUCAGGUGGAGUGACCUCCAUGGCAUCAUUUCUGAAGAAAUUCUUCCCAGAGGUGUACAAGAAGAUGGAAGAGGACGCCAAGAUCAGCAACUACUGCAAAUUUGACAGCCAACUGCUAACUUCAUUCACAUCUUCCCUCUAUGUGGCUGGCCUCAUUGCUUCCUUCUUCGCCUCAUCGAUCACCAAGGCCUUAGGCCGGAAGCCAUCGAUACUCAUCGGGGGAGCUGCAUUCCUCGCCGGGGCAGCGCUUGGAGGCGCAGCUUUUAACGUGCUCAUGCUCAUAUUUGGCCGCAUCUUGCUUGGCAUUGGAGUUGGCUUUGCAAACCAGUCAGUGCCAUUGUACCUAUCUGAGAUGGCUCCGCCAAGAUACAGAGGAGCAAUCAACAAUGGCUUCCAAUUCAGUGUUGGAAUUGGGGCUUUGAUAGCAAACCUUAUCAACUAUGGCACCGAGAAGAUAAAAGCCGGGUGGGGAUGGAGAAUCUCCCUGGCCAUGGCAGCUCUCCCGGCUUCAAUCCUAACUCUAGGUGCCCUUUUCCUCCCGGAAACACCUAACAGCCUAAUUCAACUAAGCAAGGAUCGUGAAAAGGCCAAGCUGAUGCUGCAAAGAAUCCGGGGCACAGAAGAUGUGCAAGCAGAGUUUGAUGAUCUCAUAAAAGCAAGCGAAAUAUCGAAAACCAUCAAGCACCCAUUCAAGAAAAUCUUGCAAAGGAAAUACAGGCCUCAACUAGUCAUGGCAAUAGCCAUACCAUUCUUUCAACAGGUUACAGGGAUCAAUGUCAUUGCCUUCUAUUGUCCUCUUCUCUUUCGAACCUUCGGCCUAGGUGAAAGCGCAUCUCUGAUGUCAUCGGUUGUCACCGGAGUUGUAGGAACAAGCUCAACCUUCAUAUCAAUGUUGAUAGUAGACAAGCUUGGAAGAAGGGUUCUUCUUAUGGCUGGGGGAAUCCAAAUGGUGAUCUCACAAGCUCUAGUUGGAGGGUUAUUGGCAGCUCAGUUGGGUGACCAUGGAGGAGUGAGCAAAGGGUAUGCCAUUGUGGUUCUGGUUUUGAUUUCAGUUUAUGUUGCAGGGUUUGGCUGGUCAUGGGGGCCAUUGGGGUGGCUGAUUCCAAGUGAAAUUUUCCCGCUGGAGAUUCGAUCAGCCGGGCAGAGUAUCAAUGUGGCAGUGAACUUUCUCUUCACUUUCAUUGUUGCUCAAACUUUUUUGGCCAUGCUCUGCCACUUCAAGGCUGGGAUUUUCUUCUUCUUUGGAGGGUGGGUUGUGGUGAUGACUGUGUUUGUUUACUUGUUCUUGCCUGAGACUAAGAAUGUGCCAAUUGAAGUGAUGGAUAGAGUGUGGAGGGAACAUUGGUUCUGGAAGAGAAUCGUGGGGGAAGAGUAUGAAGUGAGCAAAAAGGAUGAACAAUAAUUGUGUCAUUUCCUUAAUUUUUUACUUGCACCAAUACUGUAUCCUAUUCUAAGAUCAUUGUUUUACUAUAUAAAUUUAGCUUUAUACCCAACUUAGCUCAAA